GCAGAGCAAGAGAGAGAAGCAGCUCCUUUACUCUGAGAAAGCAGCCAGCUGAUCACACAAGAGGCAGAAUGAAAGCCUUCCUCCUCACCAUUGCUGCAGUGCAGAUUCUCCACUGCUCAGGAAUACCGAGCCCUAAGGAUGCUCUGAGGGCAUCUGUCAUUAAACUGAACCAAAUCACUGAGAUCAGCAAUCUGUGUGGGAUAACCAGGAGAAGAGUGAAGGAUAUUUAUCGCACAGGAAAACUGUCGUACAAUGUGGAUUUAACAUUCUCUGUGAAAGAAACCAUCUGCUCCAAGAAUUCUGGACUGGAAUUUGAUGAUCCCAGCUGUUACUUCCAUCCCAAAAAGGCUGCACAGAAAGGUUUGUGCAAAAGCCAUGUUGAAUAUUUUGCUAAUGAGGUCGUUGACAUUGAUGUACAGUGUCAAGGGUUGAAGAUGGUUGACAGCAACAGUGACUUAUUAGAAUCAAACGAAAACAGCAAUGAGGUCAAAACCAGAUCAAAACAGAUAUCAACUGAAGAAUCAUUGGACUGGAAAAGCAAGUCAGCAGAGACAUCACUCGAGGACUCUCCAAAUUUGAGCAUCGAUGAGUUGAAUAUUAAGUCGUCAGAAAGAUCACUCGAUGUGUCCUCAAAUGAAUACUACGAUGAUUCAAGAUCCCGACACUAACCAGGAAUGAAAAUUCUGAAAGACUGGACUUGGUCUGAACACAAGACCUCAUUCCAAAUAAAGAAGAUGUAUUGACUCUACUUGUUCCUAUAUAAACCUGAGGCCUGUGGCUGUACGUUUCACUGUAACUGGGAGAUUCUAUAGUUUGUAAAUGUUCUGUCCUUUAAUGUAUGUUUGUUGUA